AUGAACGGCAUUAUUGCGCAUUAUCUGGAUGCGUCAUAUAAGCCUCAAGAAAUCCUUAUUGCUGUGCCUGAACAAACUGAGUCACAUUCUGUUGUAGAUGUGGCUGCAAAGAUGAUUGAAGUCAUUGAAGACUUCGAAAUUCAAGGAGACCAUCUUGGCUGGUUUAUGGUUGACAACGCAAACAAUAACGACACUGCAGUCGAGUCAAUAGCUUCUUACUUUGGCUCAGAUGCUGUCGAACGGCGCCUUCGAUGUGCAGGACCUAUUGGAAAAGCUCAUAAUCUUAUCACCUGGACUUAUGCAAGUCCUCAGAGAGUUUGGCGAUGGCAUCAGAGUCAAAUUGGUUAUCUAUCACAUAUCCUGGAAACCACCAAUCUGCAAUCUUUUAAACCUCGAGAGCUUUAUCGAAGCAAUGACACACGAUGGAACUUAGUUUAUAAUGAACUCAAAACGUUAAUUAAGCAUCGCGCGCCAUUUGAACACUUUAUUGACUCAGAACGGCAAAGAAACGAUCCAGGUGGCUUCACCACCAUUGCAGAUGAUAUCUUAGAUGCGGAUGACUGGGCUAUCUUAGCUCAAUAUAUGAAGCUACUUGAGCCAUGCUGGGCUGCAACAAUGGAUCUUCAAGGCUACGUUCAAGAUGGCAAGUCCUCAAGUCUUGUGAACCACUGGUAUUACCCGUCAUAUAACUGGCGCUUUGUGGAGCGACUAUGGCAUAAGCAAGUGAAGUGGCUGAAGGCAGGUAAGGCUAAAUUAAAGGCCCUCUGGCAAGGUACAUACAAGCACAUUGAGGCACCAGUUGAAUCACCUCAAAAACCAAGGUCAUAUGAGCCAAAUAUGAUGGAGGCAUAUAGGCUGAAGACCCUUGCUGAGAUUAAGUCACAAGCCUCAAAAGCACUAAUUGGCCUUGAUGAGUUCGAGCGGUACCUUAUACAGCCAUCAGUUACAACUGAUAAGCCGAUUGAGUGGUGGUCCACCGUUGGAUGCAUCGAAUAUCCAUAUCUGACCAAGAUGGCAUUGGAUAUGCUGUCAAUACCUGCGAUGAGCGAUGAACCUGAACGCUUGUUCAGCCGAUUGGGUCAUAUGGUGACCAAGCACCGCAACCACCUGAAGCCUCAAACGACCCAAGCGACUCAAUGCUUGCAAUCAUGGGCUAAGGCUAAGAUUAUAGAUUUAAAGUAA